GCUACACCGAAAACUAUGAGAAAUUUGCCAUAUAUGACAAUUUAGGAAGCCGUAAACCGCGUGUAUUUGUUGUUGUAUGUCAACAACAAACUUUAUUCAGUUAUUUGAAGAUUUCGAACUUCGAACAUUGCCAUUACGAUGCACGCUCUUCCACGUUGGAAGGAUUCCUGUAUGAAACUUCUGAAAUGGAAGUCUGGCGUUACGUACUUCGGUGGCCAAGGCAGUCAACCCGUCCAUAGAUUUGUUAUUCCUUUGCACGAAGUUUAUCUGAAGAUGAUCUCUCUUGUUGGGGAAGAAACCACAAGUUUGUUGUGUAAUUUUAUAAAAGAUCACGUAUGCCAUAGUGAUAGCCCAGUCAUGAUUAUGCGCGCUAGGGAUGGCCUUCUCGCAAAACAAUUACUCAAUGAAAAUGUACCUUAUCUCUAUCUAUUUGAGAAGAGAAAAAACUUCAAAUCAGAAUUGGGAGAAUUAACCAAACGGUUUCCAGGAAGAUGUGUUGUGUAUUCCAGAACGUUUAAUGAUGUAUUUUUUGAAAAUAGUCAUAUACCUGCAUUUAAUAGUCCCUAUAUAAGGACAAGCCUCCCGUUCAAAGUUAAGAAAAGUUGGAAAGAUGAUCCUUCAAUUAAUGUUAUUGGGUCUCAUACUAAUGGAAAAGUAUUGAUAGUUGCCUUGAUCCACCUUGCCAAAAAUAUGAUGUACUUUGGAAUGGGUAGGCCUCAAUUUUUUCUUACCUUCCCGAAAGUGCAUUGGGAUAAGAUUUUAAUGGACCCCAGAACAGCAUCUUAUCAGGAAUAUCAAAUGGCAGGGCUCCUGUUUCCUGAUUAUUUUGACUUUGAGGUAUUGGGUAGUAUUCCUCCGCCAGUCAGUUACUGUACUGGACCAGUGUUGACUAGGAAUACUGUUUCAAAGGAAGAGUUUGUUACUGUAAGAAUUGCACCUUCCAAGGAGCUUGAGGAUCUUUCCGAUGCUAAGGUUCUUGAAGAAUAUUUAUUUUUUGGAACACAAACAAUGAAUGGUAAAGCUAAGCAUAACAUCGUCAUCCAAGCGUUGGAGAAAUUUGCACCUGACAGUGGCAUGGAACUCGUAGCCAAUGGGGUAAAUUGCUUUACUAAAUUUAGUGAUCUUUCUCCUCCCGAGGCAUUACGGAUAUUUAAAAUAUGGAGGUCUUCCCCUAAAUAUUUGACAUCACUCUUCAUGCGAGAAUAUGAUGAAUAUAUGUUAUAUAAUAAUGUUAAUGAAUAAAAGAAAACUUAAUUAUCUUUUUCA